GAAGAGCGCGAGCACCGUGGAAUAGUAUUACGUUGUGCAGUUACUGGUAGUUUUAAGGGUCCCCGUGAAGGAAGGUCGCACUAGCGACAGCAAGGCCACUUGCAGUGUCGCAAUAACGCCAACGCGGUUUACAGCGCAUUUCCAAUUAUCGCUAUCAAGUUGGGAAUGAUCUUUUUGACGCAGUAGGCUACGUCGUAGCAAUGGUGCUCGGACAAGUGGUCGAUGCGCACAUGUUCGUGCGAGGGCCAUGAACGCACUAGAACAAGCUUUCGCGGAGUACUCAGAAGCCGUCGCCCAGCUUGGAGACUUGGGCGAUAACAUUGGCGUGCUCGAGAUACACUAUGUAGACGAGGGCCGGGCACGAACCGCUGCAGCUACCCUUCUCGCGCAGUACACAGCCUCUAACCCUCUACCAGGACGCAGUCGGCCAAACCCUCGCGUUCUCUACCGCCGCUUAUAGCUAUGCCUGGCCAGAUCACUGGCUGGGUCACGGACGCCCAGCUGGUGGCCCAGUUUGGCAGCGGCCAGGAGACGGCCGCCCAGCUGGAGGGCCGGCAGGCGACCGCGUUCGGCAGCGGCCAGGACGAGGUGGCGAUGGGCAACUGCAAAAAGAGCAUCGGCAUCGACAUUGAGAAGUGGGGCCUGGAGGUGGUCGGCAGCGGCACCGAGGCGGCGGCGGUGGAGGGGGCGGCGAGGUGCGUGGUCGGCGGCGGCACCGAGGCGGCGGCGGCGGGGGCGGCGGCGGCAGAGGCGGCGGCGGCGGAGGUCAUUGACCUGUGCGACAGCGACUGAACGGCAGGUGCAGGUGCAGGUGUAGGUUUGGGGCUGCGCCUGCGAGUGAGGCUGUGCAGGUGCUCUGGUGCUGUGGGGUUCAAUGGUGCUGUGGGGUUCAAGCAGAGAUUCGCUGAGUGCAGGUUUCAGGUUGGGUUUUGGUGUGGCUGUUCCCGGCAGUCAGAGCGGGUCAGCGUUUCGGGCUGUGUGCCCGAGUCAGCCGGUUUGGGGCAGGGGAGGGUUCCCUGGUUUGGGGUUUGGGGUUUGUGAGUACGGCCAAGUGGUGGCCGCGCAGGUUUUGUGGCGUCUUGUAAGGCAUCGGGUUGUGAGGGUUCAGAGUCAGAUUCAGGGUUCAGAGUCAGGUUCAGAGUCAGGUUCAGAGUCCAUGGGCGCCGUCCGUGACGCAGCAGCCGCAGCAGCCGGCUGGCGCGGGAACCUUUGGCGGCCGCGACCGCAAAGAGAUGACACAUACUUUAAGCAAGGCCUCCAAGGGGAGGUAAUCCACAAUGGCCUCGCAUAGCUCUUCCCUCUGGACGGGGAACAACUGGAUGCUGGCACGGCUUCUGAUCAUAAACAGA